CGCGCGCACACAACACAGUGACCAACAUCGAUCCGGGAUCGUUCUAGCUUUUCCAGCCAUGCUCUCCACCGGCCGCGCGGUGACCUCGCCCGCGCGCGCUGCCCAGCACCGGUUCAUGGGCGCACCGAGGACGGUGGUGUUCCUCGCCGGCGACCACGGGAAGCGAGCUGCUGCUUCUGUGGCAGCGCGCGCCGCGGGCUCGUCCCACCCCGCUGUCUGCCUCGAGGCGGCCGCGCCAUGGAGCAUGGACUGUGUCGCGGCGCCGGCGACCGUGUCGCACGAGGAGAGCGCGCGCCAGGUCGUGCUCAAGCAGGCGGCGCUCGCGGCCUCGACCACGCCGAGGAAGGCGCGGCUCGCCGGGCGCGACGCCGGCGUGCUGGACGCGGCCUUCGCGCGCUGCGGCGCGGUGUGCAAGGAGUACGCCAAGACCUUCUACCUGGCCACGCAGCUCAUGACGCCGGAGAGACGGCGGGCGAUCUGGGCGAUAUACGUGUGGUGCCGGAGGACGGACGAGCUGGUGGACGGCCCGAACGCGGCGCACACGUCGGCGCUGGCGCUGGACCGCUGGGAGUCGCGCCUCGACGGCGUCUUCGCCGGCCGGCCCUACGACAUGCUGGACGCGGCGCUGGCCGACGCCGUGGCCGCCUUCCCGGCCGUCGACGAGCGGCCGUUCCGGGACAUGGUCCAGGGCAUGCGCAUGGACCUCGCCAAGUCCCGCUACGCCACCUUCGACGAGCUCUACCUCUACUGCUACCGCGUGGCCGGCACCGUCGGGCUCAUGACCGUCCCCGUCAUGGGCGUCUCCCCGGGCUCCCAGGCGGACGUCGAGACGGUGUACGCCGGCGCGCUCGCCCUCGGCGUCGCCAACCAGCUCACCAACAUCCUCAGGGACGUCGGCGAGGAUGCGAGGAGGGGCAGGAUCUACCUGCCGCAGAACGAGCUGGCCACGGCCGGCAUCUCCGAGGCGGACAUCUUCGCCGGCCGCGUCACCGACGAGUGGAGGAGCUUCAUGAAGGGCCAGAUCGCGAGGGCCAGGGCCUACUUCCAGCAGGCCGAGCAAGGCGCCGCCGAGCUCAACCAGGAGAGCCGAUGGCCGGUGUGGGCAUCUCUGCUUCUGUACCGUCAGAUCCUGGACGAGAUCGAGGCCAACGGCUACGACAACUUCAGCAAGCGGGCCUAUGUUCCCAAGGCCAAGAAGCUGGCGGCGCUGCCCAAAGCUUACCUCAGAUCCCUCAUGCCCCCUCCUUCGCAGACGCGCCGUUAAUCAGUUGGCUCUGACCCUCUAGUGUAAUGAUGACACACAGAGAGCAGAUCCUUGUACUAGUGUAUAGCAGUGAUGUACAGUACAGAUUUAAGCUAGACCUUGUGAGUAAAUUUUUUUUUUUGCAAUGUACAGAGUGUUGAAGAAAAAUUAUGUGCUUGUUAGAAAAUGAUCUUGGUGAAAACAGAGACGUAUUUACUGUGGA